AUGGCUCCCCAUUGUCCCGCCACACAGCUGGACAGGGUAAAAGGAACCUGGGCAAUUACCGCGGAGACGCCCCUAGGGCCGUCCGGGUGUUACCGUGCAAGCUUGUCUAACGGUGAAUUUCUGCUUUCUACUCUUCAAUUGAUACCUCGCUUCCUGAAAGAUGUCUUCUUCUCUCCUCCGAAGCACCCCCGCGCUCCGCGCUGCUCUCAGGCUGGCGCCGCCAGGCCCGUCGCCGCUCUUUCCAGCACCAGCUUCGUCCGUGGAAAGGCGACUCUUCCCGACCUUCCAUAUGACUACAAUGCGCUCGAGCCCUACAUCAGCGCCAAGAUCAUGGAGCUUCACCACUCCAAGCACCACCAGACCUACGUCAACGGUUUCAACACCGCUCUCCAGACCGUCGCCGAGGCCGAGGCCGCCGGUGACUUGACCAAGGCCGCGUCCCAGGCCCCGCUCAUCAACUUCCACGGCGGUGGUCACCUGAACCACUCUCUGUUCUGGGAGAACCUCGCCCCCAGCAGCCGCGAUGGCGGUGGCGAGCCUGCCGGCUCUCUCAAGUCCGCCAUUGGUGAGGACUUUGGCUCCUUCGAUGCCCUCCGCAAGGAGGUCAACACUGCCCUUGCCGGCAUCCAGGGCAGCGGCUGGGCCUGGCUUGUCAAGGACAAGACCACGGGUACCCUGAGCGUUGUUACCCGCGCCAACCAGGAUCCUGUCACUGGCAACCUCAUCCCCCUCCUCGGCAUCGAUGCUUGGGAGCACGCCUACUACCUCCAGUACGAGAACCGCAAGGUUGAGUACUUUGAUGCCAUCUGGAAUGUCAUCAACUGGAAGACUGUUGCCAAGAGGUUCGAGAACUAA